AUGCCUAGAAAAGAAAACAAAGGAUUGCCCAGCAAUGAGACCAAACUGCCUAGCAGUUCAGAACAACCAACAGAUCACAACUCACAAGAUAAGAUAUCACCAGUAGAUCUUGGCUUGAAAAGGAAAAGCACUGAGAAUGCUAACGAUGAUCAUAAGGAAACGAUUAAAAAGGACCCCAGCUCAAGUGUAGGCAGACAAGGAAGUGAACAGGAAACUUCAACAGAAAAUCAGAUCAAAGAGAACUCCAGCUCAAAAGGACACAGACAAGGAAGUGAACAGGAAACUUCAACAGAAAAUCAGAUCAAAGAGAACUCCAGCUCAAAAGAAGGCAGACAAGGAAGUGAACAGGAAACUUCAACAGAAAAUCAGAUCAAAGAGAACUCCAGCUCAAAAGGACACAGACAAGGAAGGGAACAGGAAACUUCAACAGAAAAUCAGAUCAAAGAGAACUCCAGCUCAAAAGAAGGCAGACAAGGAAGUGAACACGAAACUUCAACAGAAAAUCAGAUCAAAGAGAACUCCAGCUCAAAAGGACACAGACAAGAAAGUGAACAGGAAACUUCAACAGAAAAUCAGAUCAAAGAGAACUCCAGCUCAAAAGGAGGCAGACAAGAAAGUGAGCAGGAAACUUCAGCAGAAAAUCAGAUCAAAGAGAACUCCAGCUCAAAAGGAGGCAGACAAGGAAGUGAACACGAAACUUCAACAGAAAAUCAGAUCAAAGAGAACUCCAGCUCAAGUGAAAGCAGACAGAGAAUUGAACACCAGUUUACAAAAGGAAAUCAGAUCGAAACGAACACAUGA